CUCCUUCAGAACGUGAAACUCAGAUGUCAGAGACACGAGUGAGAUUACUCACAAUGACCUCGAGCGCCAGUCAAUUCUACGUCUGGAUGCAAGCGCCUGCUGUCCUCCCGACAGGAGACGUUGACUGAAGGGCCGGCAGUGCGCCGAUCCAUAUCUAGGGACUAUGACUGCCAAUAACCUCCCUCCUCUCAAUGUCUAGAGAACUUCCCCUCAAAGUCCGCGUCGACAUUCGCGACCAGUGGGAUAGCUCUAAAUCAUCCGUCAACGGAUCUGUCGCAGCUCUUACCAAGGUCCUCGGCCACACGAUCACACCCCAGAUUGACUGGCCCAUCCUCUGGACGAGUGUCAAGGAGCGCUAUUCCGACGACAACACGACCUUCGUCCCGACCGUGGUCCGGUACGCCAUCGCAUGGUACGAACGGCUCAGCGACCGCCUCGACAACGAUGUGUACGCGGACUGGACUGAGUCUCUUCUGAACAUCCUCUCGGAGCACACGCAGCUCGCCCUGCGCAUCCAGCCCGGGGAGAAAGGCAUGAACCGGCCGACGACCCGGUGGGAACCAAACCUCUCCGCAUUCCUCCUCUACUUUCCGACCACCACCACCGCCCAGUCUUCGUCCCAUUCCAGCCUCGACUCAGGCUUUGAUCGCGACUUUGAGAAUCUGCUGAACGCAGACGCACCCAAGGACGAGGAAUGGGCCGAGGUCGUAGUGGGAAAGACCGUCCCUGCUGAGGCGGUUCCAACGCCCGCUGGAGCUGUACACGGAGGAUCUGUCCCGGCGGCAUACACCGUCCAGCCCGCCGCGUCCGUCUCGCGUCUGCCUGUGGUCGAUGCGCUGGCCCGGCCGCGUGAGCUGUUCGCUACCGCGAGCCCGCACAACCUCAUCGUCGAGGAGCGCAACGGCUCCAUUGUCGUGCAGGGCAGCCACGAGCCGAGCCUGGAGCUGCUCGCGUCGUAUCUGAGCAAGUGGGGCAAGUCCAAUCCGAACGACAGCACCAAGAGACCGAUCCUGAAAGCGGAAUUGCGCGAGUCGGAGUUCUGUUUCGGAGUCAUGGAUACGCUUGUAAUUGAGCGCCCGAUGACGUUCGGCAGGCAAUCUUCUGGUGGGCCGUUGAAUCCGGUGCUGGUCUAUGCUUUUGUCGAGGGUGUGCUGGGGUACAGGAUGGUCGACAUCAGCGCUGGGCAGAGGUCGUAUGUGUCUACGACGCUGUUGAGAUAGACGUCACGAACAACUGGAUUAUGUUACUCUAAUUAGUCUAUGGUCGUCUAUCUAUGGUCUGUAAAAUCUAAAUCUACGAGACAUCACAGCAGGGCAGCAAGCAACUUCCACGAAUUCUCUUGCUCGUCAAAUCCAUCAACUUGCUCGAGGGAGGGGAACAGACGUCUCAAGUAGUCGCCGAGAGCUUGAGGAUCUGCUGGAGGCUGCGGCGAAGUCAAGGUCGCCUGCGCGAGCUUACUAUUGGUGGACGCCUCGGGCACUUCAAGUGCCCCGCCGGAGAAGCAGAGAGGCAUAACCAGUCUCUCGAGGGCCGUCAUCUUCAGCGCAAACGAGCGCAAGCACGCCGGAGUUGCCAGCGGACCAGAUAUACGCUUCGACGCACAAUCGGUCGCGCAGCCCAGAUCCAAGUGCACCAAUCUCGGCCACCAUGAAGCGGCCAUUUCGAUAUCCGUAUCCGACAGAAGCGGGAAGUAGGUGAAGUCGAGGACUAAGCGGCGAAGAUGUCGCAGAGAUGCCAGGCGUCGCAUCGCGUCGAGUGUGGGGUGCUGCCUGGGGCAGUCGGGUGACGGUAAUUCGGCGUCGACAUCUUCCAAGUCGUGUUCAAUCGUCAGCUCCUCUAGCGCCGGAAAAGCGAGUGCGUCAAAAAUAUCACUCCAGGACGAUAGUGCCGUGAGCUCGAGGCGGAUGUGUUUCAUGUGUUCCUCCGAUACGAAGCGCAGGAAAUCCUCAAGGAAACCGGCGGAAGCCCGGACAGCAAGCGAGCGAAGUGGAAGCCGGCCCGACUGCCGGGUGCGACCGGGGUCCAAGUGUGCUGCGUCCAUGUCCAGCUCGAGCAACCGGGGAAGGAGGAAGACCGACUCGAGUAUCUCGGGACUCAGGCUAGUCCCUACGCGCAGAGUCAAACUAGUCAGAUCGCUCAUGCGAGCCAAGUCUAUGGGUUGGGGAAGAUUCCCGCGCAAACGGAGGCGCGCGAUAUGUGGGGCUGCCUUGGGUAACGCCACUAGAAAGUGGUCGGAAGAUUCGCCCGCCGAUCCUCGGGACUUUCUCUUGAACCCGAAAUCCAGAUCCAGGUGGAGAAGACUAGGAGUGAGGCUGAACGCGGCAGGGAGCGAUAGCGCGUCCGUAGUGGAUAAACGCGUUGUAACCAAUCGUGGGAGAGUACACGAGGAUGAUUCUACUAACUCUGCCAGCAGGGCAGGGUGAAGGCGUAUGUCAUGGCGUUGGACGAUAUGCUUUAUGCGGCGGGCGUAGAGGUUGAACCUGGUGAGGUUCAGGGGCUGCCCACUCGUAACACGCUGUUAGAUAGUUGGCAAUACGGAACAGGUGAGGAGUCAAAGUUUUCCUCACAUAGACACCAUCUACACGAGCUACCCCAUCAAUGAGCUGGAUCAACGGCCCCAGCGAACAGACGUAGCACCAAAGAGCGUCCAGCGCAGGAUCAUUCCAAGCCCGACAGCAUCUAGCAGCAGCCGUGAGCGACGGAAGUGGACAUAGGUCAAGAAUCUGGCGAAGUACGUCGUCCAGCAGUAGGACCGAGUGCAUCAGAAUCACGGUGCGGGGAGAGGGGCAAAAUUUGUUAGCGACGUGAUGGUAUCAACAUGUACACAGCAUUAUACAAUCUGUUAGAUCUCAUCUUCCACAAAAUGCGUCCCAUCUUGCUGCAAGGACACGAGCGUUCGCUGACGCAGAUAAAAUUUAACGCCGAGGGCGACUUGCUCUUUUCCUGCUCCAAGGACCAUAUCAUCAACGUCUGGUACUCGCACAAUGGAGAGAGACUAGGCACGUACGAGGGCCACAACGGAACUGUCUGGACAGUGGAUGUGGAUCUCGAAUCGAGGUUCAUGGUUUCCGGGUCCGCUGACAAUCAACUGCGGCUGUGGAAUGUCGAGACUGGGAAAUGUCUGUUUGAAUGGGAGUUUCCGACGGCCGUGAAGCGGGUUGCGUUCAACGCUGAUGGGACACAAGUCGUGUGCAUCACAGAGCAGCGAAUGGGAUAUCAGUGCGCUAUCCGCGUGUUCGAUAUUAACCGGGAGGGAGAUGGAACCAGCCAACCACUGGAACCGCGACACAUGUUCAACCCCAUCGGCAGCAAAGCGACUGUCUGCGCCUUCACCCUCCUCCCCAACAUCAUCAUCACCGGCCACGAAUCCGGAAAAGUGGCGCUCUUCAACGUCAAAAACGGAGAUGAGAUCGAGAGCAACGAGCGCGCGCACAGCGAAGUUGUCACAGAUCUACAGUUCAGCAAGGACCAAACAUACUGCAUCACGAGCAGCAAGGACAAGUCUGCGCGGAUACACGACAUCAAGUCGCUGAUGGUGAUCAAGACGUUCACGACCGAGACUCCGCUAAACAGUGCCGCGAUCGCACCGACAAGGCCUUACGUCCUUCUCGGCGGUGGACAGGAAGCAAUGAAUGUUACGACGACAUCCCUGCGCCAGGGUAAAUUUGAGACGAGAUUCUGGCACAAGGUGUUUGAGGAGGAGGUGGGCCGUGUCAAGGGCCAUUUUGGACCCAUCAACACAAUUGCCAUCCAUCCCGCGGGAACAUCGUAUGCCUCUGGAGGAGAAGACGGUUUCAUCCGCGUGCACCACUUUGACGAGUCGUAUUUCAAAGUACAGCCGUAUGGCUCGUUUGACAUCGAGGACUGAUUCCUCAUUAAUGCAUUGCAUUUGUUGUACAACGUAGACUGCAGUAAACCUUUUAGUGCAAGGCCAUGCACCUGAUUACGGUAAAAACAGUCAUGGAUCCUGACGAAAAGA